UUUCACAUACAAGUUUAGUUUUAGGGUUUGUUUAUGGUCUGUGAGGUUUCCCCCAAAUUGAAUUUGCUGAAAUUUCAUUUCUCCUUUUUCUUUUCUGUAAUUUAUGGCGGUGGCGCGAAAGAGGAAUUACAAUUCCAUCUCCUUGAUUUAUGAUGAAGAAAAGUACAAGAAGAAGAAGCAGAUGAAGACCAUACACAGAGAUUUCAAUUAUUUGUUACAUUCAACUCCUCUUCCUCCAGGCAAAAUAAAUCCUGUUCCGGAGGAACUGAUAGUCGAGAACGUUUUGACUAGAUUACCAGCUUGGGCUCUUGCCAGAUGCAGGUAUGUAAGUAAAUUAUGGUGCAAUUCUGUUAACAACGAUAUAAGAUUUGCCGCUCGACACUUUGCUCUUCAUCAGCAAAAUAAGAAUCUCGUAUUUAGUCUCCUUAAUGUUGAUAUUAAUGGUGGGAAAAAUGCUGUUAUUUUCAAUUUACAAGACAAUUUCAAGGGUAAGGAUUACGAUGAUGGUUGUGUUUAUUGAUAUUGAAUUAUUGAUGAACAUUAAUUUCUUUGUAGCAACUGAACUAGUAGGUUACUGUAAUGGGUUAGCUUGUCUUAAAAUAGGUGGAGAUAAUGGAUCUGGUGCUGUAAAUGUUGUUAAUCCAGUUAGGAAUGAAACACUUGUUCUCAAGUAUUCCAUUCCUUCUGGUACUGAAUAUCUGUGUCAUGGUUUUGGUUUUGAUUCUUUAUCGAAUGAAUAUAAGAUUGUAGUUAUCUAUACUACUACUACUACAAGGAUGAAUUCCAGUAACUUACAGGAUGAGGAGGAGCAGGUGUUUGUUUGCAUGGUUAUUACAUUCGGAACUAGUUCAUGGAGAAAGAUAGUUACUAGAAAUUCUGGUAUCUCAUCACCACCUGGUUCUUCUCCUUUCUCCAGGCGAAUGGUAACAAAAGCUUGGAAAAAAGAUCAAAGAUCAGCCACCCUCUGCGGGGGUGAUUUAUUCUGGAGGAUAACCAAUUAUAAACAAGGUAUAACAGUCAAUGAUACUGGUGGUGAUAAUAUUAAUGGAGAUCCUAAUGAUAAUGGUGGAGGUGGUAAUAUCAAUGGAGUUCCUAAUGCUGGUGAUAAUAUUAACGGAAUUCCUAAUGGUGGAGGUAAUAUGAAUGCAGUUCCUAAUGAAGAUAUUGGUAAACAAAAAGUAUCAUCAUCAUCGAAACCGUGACAGUGAUAACGAUCAAGGUAAUUUUUGUUGUUGUAUAUUCAAGGUUCAUCUGUAUUUAUUGGAGGACAAGGUGCAGCAAGUAUGGUCAAAGAGACUAGAUUCUCAAUAAUUCUUAAGAAGACAGCCCCACUACCACCCCACUACAGUUGUUUUUUUGAGACUACGACUGCUACUACCCCUCCACGUAUAUUGAGUUUAUCCGAUCAUGUGUUAGUGUAUUGGUUUGAUGGGGAAUGUCUUAUAUACUGGAACCCCAAAAUGAAUCAUGUCAAGGUUGCAAAAGGCCCCCUCUCCUGUUCCAAGAAAAGUCGGGAUAUUUUUGAAACUAAGAAGAAUGGAAGCUGCCCGGGCCGUGGAAUUGGUGAGGAUGGUAAUAUUCAUUGUCCGUACAUGGAUUAUCAGCUGCAUGCUCAAGUGGAGAACAUCCUCUCUCUGAAAACCUUCAUUCCUCAAGGAGGAGGAACUGUACGUGCUAUAAUUGAAGGUACCGGUGAAUUUCAAAAUUAUUUAAAAUCAAAUUUGGAAAAUUCUCCUGCAGGAUGGAUGAUCAAGGGAGGAAAACAAGUAAAAUAUUAUGCAUUCAAUUAGUUAGUUUGUAUGUCCCAUGAUUCAACGGAGAUUUGUUGCGCAAAACAUGAAAUGCUUACAGGUCAAACUUGUCUUUUAUAAUAUGAUGUAUCGCUUGUUUUGUACCUCGAUAUAACUGAAGUCCCGAGUGGUACUCAUUUAACUCUUGCUGUAACCAUGAAUGCUUACUGAAAUUUAUAAUCUCAGUCCCAGUAGUACUGCGUUUAAUUUU